CCGGUCCUGCAGCUCAGAGGGCUCAUUGCCGCUGGAGCUUUUCAUUCUCACUGUAGAUUUUCCAGUAAAGACCUCCAGACCUUCUGGAUUUGACCGAGUCCACAUUAACAACAAGACUCAUCCGCCGCUUUUAUCCUAACCCACUAUUCCUGACAUCCCUCGGGUAUUCUCAGUAGGAUUUGUAUUCUCUAUCUUGCUGAUUUUGGCCACUUUUCUUGUAUUCCGGUUGGAUUUUACAAAGGGCGUGUUUGGUCGAGCUGUACCGGGAGUUUCAUCUCCUGUACUUGUGCGACUCUGAGGAAUGACAGCAACUGGAAAGGGACUGCGAUCCGCCUGAAUGAAAACAAUGGAUUAUAAGGAGCUUGGACAUCAUUUGGAGGAGAAGCUGACAUUACAUGAGAAAUCUCUGCCCUUACAGACGGCGUCUCAGUCGAUCCAGAAUGGGGAAAAAUCACUGGGGAAGGACCUUAUGAGUCCAGACGACUCAGCUGUUACAGACCUCUCUCCUAAAACAGACUCCAGCUUCAGAACAGAGACCCCCAGCAAGACAGAUGACUCCAAGACAGACGCCAGGCCCUCCACCCCUGGCUCCAACAGCAGCCCCCACCCCAAAAAAGAUUCAAUGAGCUCCGAGCAACGACAGAAACUUGCCAAGGAGAGGCGGGAGGAAAGAGCCAGAUAUAUCGAACAACAAACUCAGCUGCAAGCGGCGAAGAAGGCCCAGUGGCUGGAGAAGGAGGAGAAAGCCCGACGUCUGAGGGAGAAUCAGCUGGAGGAUCGCAGGAGGAAACUGGAGGAGCAGAGGCUGAAGGCGGAGAAACGCCGAGCUCUGCUGGAGGAGAAGCAGAGACAGAAACUAGAAAAGAACAAGGAGAGAUACGAGGCAGCUAUCAAGAGGUCGACGAAGAAGACGUGGGCAGAAAUCCGCCAGCAGAGGUGGUCCUGGGCGGGCGGACUCAACCAGACCUCUCGUAGGGAAAGCAGAUGCUCGGCCUCCACGGUCAACUUGCCGAGACAGGUGGACCCUGUCAUUAACAACAGGCUGUCCAAGUCCUCGGCCACGCUCUGGAACUCCCCCAACAGAACCCGCAGUCUGCGUCUGAGUCCGUGGGAGAGCAAGAUCGUGGAGCGACUCAUGACGCCGACACUGUCCUUCCUGGCCCGCAGUCGCAGCGCGGCAACGCUUCUCAACAACAGUGACUCCUACUCUCACCACUGCUCCCGUUCAGCCUCUGCCAGCCCCCUGAACGCCUGCUCCCAUCACCCCAACCAGAGUAACGCCGAGCGCUGGAGGGUCUCCUCUGCCAGCACGCCAGACAUCACCCAGCGCCAGCGCAGACGGAACUCCACACCGGUGGACAAAAAGAAGAAAGAAAAGAAAGACAAAGAGAGGGAGAACGAAAAAGAGAAGAACGCUCUCACAAAAGAGAAAGUACAGAAGAAGCGACAGACGGCUUCACCCACCAACCUGAACCAGAGAUCCAGACCGGAGACCAGCACCCCUAAACCCAAAAACAGGCCUCCGUCACCUGCGGCUCCCAAAAGUCGACCCUUGUCGCCGUUGGUGCCAGCGAACGCGGCGGCCUCCAAGACCCCGACGGGCAAGAAGACACCUCCUCCUGGCACCAAGACCCGACCCAAACGAGCCCAGACCCCCGCCAGGGUACAGCCCCAGACGGUCACUGCGGUCACCGUGGAAACGGGCCACGAACCCCAGCAGCCUGACACUCCAGAGGAGAAAAAGAACUCCAGUAACGUUCCUGCCAUCGUGGUCUCCUCUGCACCGGUCACACCUCCUUCACUCAGCCCCCCAGUCGUAUCUACGGCCUCUCCUGCCCCACCGAGCGUCGAGACCACUGCCUCUCCUGUUGCAGCAUCCACUACCAAUCCUGCUCCAUCUGCAGCAGCUGUUGCCACUGCAGCCACCACCACAGCCAACGCCGCAGCCGCCGCCUCAGCCACCACAGCCACCACAGCCACCGCAGCUGCUUCACCAGCUGCACCAGCCGGGAAACCGUCAGCAGGCACCAAUGACCCAGAGGAGGCAUCUCGAGUCCUGGCAGAGAAACGCAGACAAGCCCGGGAGCAGAGAGAGAGGGAGGAGCAGGAGCGACUGGAGCAGGAGCAGAGAAACAGGAUGCUGAGGGAGGAGGCGAUGGCUCGUGAAGUGGAGGAGAGGAAGCGCAGAGAGGAGGAGGCUCGAUUCAUGGCUGAGCAGCAACGUCUGAGGGACGAAGCCCAGAAAGCUCAAGAGGAGAAGGAGGCUCAGGAGAGGGCCAAGGCUGAGCAGGAGGAGAACGACAGGCUGCAGAAACAGAGGGAGGAGGCUGAGGCUAAAGCCCGUGAAGAGGCCGAGCGUCAGCGUCUGGAACGGGAGAAGCACUUCCAGAAAGAAGAGCAGGAGCGACUGGAGAGGAAGAAGCGCUUAGAGGAGAUCAUGAAGAGGACUCGCAAGAGCGAUGCAGGAGAAAAGAAGGAGGUCAAGGCGACUCCACAGGUCAACGGCAAAGACACAGAGCUCAGUAAAGCAGCUGGAUCCCUGCCGAGUCCUGCUGCAGGACCAGGUGUGUCCGGUCCUGUUCUAAAUGGCGUCCAAUCCACCACACACCAGAAUGGCCUCUCAGCCAACGGCGAGGCGGCUGACUUUGAGGAGAUCAUCCCGGCGCAGACCCUAGCAUUCGAGGGUGGAGAGCCUUUUCUGAUGAAGACAGGUCCUAUGAAGCCUCAGCCUGUUGCAGAGGUCCUGUGAGUCCCCACACAUCCAUGGAGACACGCCUUAUGUCUCUGCUUGAGCUAUGAGAUUCAUGCCACACCACAGCGGCUUAGAAAAUCGUGUGCCAAACAAUGAACUGUGCUGAAUUCACUACAACAUCUCCAGUAUCUGCUGCAGAAGACAAAGAGGAGGAGACAAACUCUGCCUGGAAAAAUGAAUCAUCCCAACAUGUAAAAAAAUGAAAAGAAAAAGAAAAAAAAAGCUACAAGUAUUCUCUGUCUUCACCGCGUGUUAUGGUGCAGCAUUUGUCAAGUUUUAUUGAAAUGUCACAUGCAGAUUUUAUGGUGCACCUUAAAGAUGACUGACUGUGUAACAAAUUUUAGAAAAUACAGUAUAAGACCGUGGAAAUACAUAAUAUUUGACAAUGGUUGUUAUUAUUACCAUCGUUAUGAUAUUGUUAUUGUUAUCUUAAGUUGAACAAUGUGUGCGUGUUUGUUGUUUUUGUCUUGAAUUACUGAGUUAUUUAACAUGGGGAGCAUUGUAAGGACUGGCCACAGACAGUGUAUGUAAAUGUAUAAUGAGCCUGGCUGCCUAGGCCUCCUGUUACAGGGGAUCUGUGAAAUAAAGCUUUAUGAAAGGGAA